AUGGCGGCACCCGAGUUGGGCCACGACGCCUUUGUAUACCCAGAGUCCGGAGCCCCUCAAAUGGGAUUCGCCUCGACCGAGAAUGGUGCGCCCAAUGAUGGCAGUGCUGGCGAAAGCAACUUUGUGCCCCGCCCGAAGCGCAUCGCAUGUGUCGUCUGCCGCAGGAGGAAAUUGAGGUGCGAUGGGAGACGACCAAGUUGUGGCACAUGCUCAAGGCUGGGUCACGAAUGCGCAUAUGAUGAGGUGCGCAAGAAGAGUGGCCCGAAGCGGGGAUAUGUUAAGCAGCUGGAAGCACGAUUAGAAACACUCCUCAAAGGCCAAGAUCCAGACCCAAACCAACGACCCUCCCCACCCCAGCUGUUGGAAAACACGUUCAACGCACCAUUGGGUGAUGAACCCAUAAUGCCCUUGCCAGACCUAUCAGACCUGGGGGAACUGGGGGGCUUUGGAGGUGACAUGGAUAACUCGUUCCAAUCCCAAAACGCACCUGGCGCAGGCCAGAUGAGUCAAUCGUUAUUCGUCCCGGCCCAGCAUACGGGACCAAGUGGCAACUCUCAAUGGGAUCUGAUCAGUUUAGGAUUGGAGGAGCCACUUCCCUCUCAGGAUGUUAUCGAAGAACUGUAUAUUUAUCCCAUGAUGCCCAUCAUCCAUCGCCCCCGGUACUAUGCAGCUUUGGAUUUAGCACCUAACAUGCGGCCACCGGUGUGUCUGCGCUACAUCAUGUGGUGCCAGGCUGCAUCGGUCAGUGACAAGUACUUCUUCCUGCAUGAUCAUUUCUACCACCGGGCACGCAAGUACGCCGAAAGAGAUGAAAUGAAGGGAUUCGGAGAGAAUAUUGUCAGUCUAGCCUAUUGUCAAACAUGGGUGCUGAUCGGUACCUACGAGUUCCGAAUGAUUUACUUCCCGCGUGCCUGGCUGAGUGUUGGUAAAGCUGCGAGACUGGCACUGAUGCUGGGAUUGAAUCGACUUGAUGGGGCUGGUCUCGAUGUCAAGCAAUCAAUCCUGCCACCAAGAGAUUGGACAGAGCGCGAGGAACGCAGGAGAGUCUUCUGGGGGACAUUUGCCACAGACAGAUACGCGAGUGUCGGAACUGGUUGGCCUGUCCUCAUUGAUGAGUUUGAUAUCAUGACAAACCUGCCUGCUUCCGAGGAGUCCUUCUUGAAAAGCAAACCCCAACGAACGCUUCGUCUAAGUGAUGUCGUCAACGGCGAGGGCGUCUCUACAAUGGCCCCCUUUGCAUGUGUGAUGGUGCUGACGAGUCUGUUCGGUCGUAAUCUGGUGCACAUUCAUCGACCUCGGCCCCAUGACAACGACCAUGACCUCAAUGGGGAGUUCUGGAAGCGACACAGAAGCCAUGAUAAUAUUCUUCUUCACCUUGCACUAUCCUUGCCGGAUCAUCUUCGACUUCCCAGUGGCAUGUCAGAUGUGAACGUCAUAUUUGCCAACAUGAGCAUUCACACCUCGACAAUUUGUCUCCACCAAGCCGCAAUUUUUAAGGCAGAAAAGAACAAAAUGCCGAAUCAGAUCUCAACAGAGAGCAAGCGCAGGUGUCUUGUGGCAGCAAACCAAAUUUCAAGUAUCAUGAAGAUGAUCAGCCAUAUUGAUCUGACGAGCGUAGGUUCAUGUGACCCAUCCUAUAUCGCCCUUACUGACAGUUUCCAGUUGAACCCAUUCAUGUCAUUUUGCCUGUACAUUGCUGCUCGUGUGUUUGUGCAGUACCUCAAAUCUAGACCAGAAGACUCCAGUGUCCAAUCCUCACUACAGUUCCUUGUCUCCGCUCUGAAUGCCAUGAAAGGAAAAAACCCAUUGACCGAGUCCUUCUUAGUGCAAUUGGAUGUUGACCUCGAUGGAACUGGCAUCCGGGCCUUGGAUGACAGAAAUAUUUCAAAGAACGCCGCACAUUCCAUGCUAAGUUAUUGCAAUGAUAAUGUCGAGUGUUCUCCCCUCUCAAACCUUCGUCAAACACAAGGAGCUCCAGCAGAGGAGCCUUCCCAGCGCAAUACAAACCGCCCUACCCGUCAAGUACCUAAUCCUGCUGUUACAGCAACCUCACUUCCAAGUCGGCAUAAAGAGUCGACGAUUCACUCUGCCGACGGACUGCCUUUCACCGGUGACGGAAACCGAAAUCCAUUUGAUCAAACCCCUGUUCAAAACAUAGAACAAAAUGGCCCGGGGGCCAUUGUCGACAUGGAUCUAGACUUUUCACCUGAUUUCGGAAACCUCAGUGACCGAAACAAUCCGCCCUCAGACCACCCCACUCCCUCUACCCUGAACUCAUCCUCCAACACCUCAUAUUCACUUACUGGCAACGAUGAUGCACCGCCUGGAAGCAAAAAGCAAAAAUCAGCCAAUUACUCCAACUCCGGACCUGGAUUAUCAUUCGAGAAACUCAACUCGAUGCACAUACCUGCCGAAAACCAGAAUUUCCAAGCAGCUGGCAUGAACUCCAUGGGAGCUCGAUACUACUCAAGCAGCUCCGAAAGCCCAGUGAUUCCUACGGAAUCAAAUUCAUUCUCCAUUCCGCCUGCAUGGGGCGUUCCAGGCCAAGUCCCUCAGAUGAGCAACCAGGAUUUGGGGGGCCUCAACAUGGAGACUUUCUCCGACUCACAAUGGGCGCAGAUAUUGGGGACUCAAAUUUUGGGAGAAACCCCAACAAACGGAGCCAACAAUGGUUGGGAUAACUGGCGUCCAUCAUGA